AUGUUCCUCACGACACUAAAAACAAUCUCACCACUUCAAACCCUCCUUCUCGCCAUCCUCACCAUAUUCACCAUCACAACAACCGCCUCCCCUCUCCCCCAACUCCACCCACGGGCCCUCCCGCCCACCCUCGUCCCACCGCCCUCAAGUCUCCCACCACCUCCCUCCGGCCUCGUUCUCAAGCGCGUCCUCCUCGGACUCGGCACGCAGAACUACACCUGCGCAACCUCCACCACCGCCAGCGCCCCCAAAUCCAACGGCGCCCUCGCAACCCUGCACGACCUGUCCCCGCUGCUCCUACCCGUCAAACCCAUGACCGCA